CACACACAAAAGCUCUGCGGGAGCAUAAAACUCUUAUGCUAAAGACGUCGCCUUUGAAAGCUCGCAGAGCUUUAGCUUAAGUUCUAAAGGUGUUUGCACCCUAAAGCUUUCAAUCAGGUUCCAGACAAAGCGCAAUAUGUUACAGCUUACAAUUUCAAAUAACUGAUAAAAAUAUAUUUUAUAUUUUUGAAGACAAGCUUCAAGGGUUAUACAAAUAUUUUUGGCAACUUUUACUGUGAUUAUUUCCAGUUAUGGAAAUUAAUUGUAUUUCAAUUAUUAUGCGUAUGCAUAUAUACAUAUUUUUUAUUCUUAGUAAGCGGAACCAGUGUGCGCUCGAAGCGAGCUUGAGAAACUGAUUGUUGUAAUAUUAAAAGCGACGGCGCAGGCCACCGGCCAAAUCAGUUGACGAGUUGAAGAGCUGAGACAAUGGCAAUCGAUUGGACGCUGGUGUGGCUGGUGGCGCUCGCGCUGUGUGCUUUGAUCGAAGCGGCACGGGCACGUGCCUCGCAGGGCAUGCACGUUCAGAUGCCGCACGGCGGCUGGCUGGUCGGCCGCCACAGGACCGCCCACAGUGGGCGGCAUAUGCGUGCGUUUAUGGGCGUGCCGUAUGCAGUGCCGCCGCUCGGCGAGCUGCGGUUUCGGGCCCCUGUUGAGCUGCCGCCAUGGCAGGGCGAGCGCUUGGCCGUUAAGGAUGCGCCCGUCUGCAUGCAGCGUGAUCCCUUCCGACGCGACAUGAUCAUUGAGGGUUCGGAGGAUUGCCUGUACCUCAAUGUGUAUACGCCGGAUCCGGUGCCGGCGGAGCCGUUGCCCGUCAUGAUUUGGUUCCAUGGCGGCGGCUGGCAGUGCGGCGCGGGCAUCAGCAGCUUCUACGGACCCGACUUCCUGCUCGAGCACGACAUUGUACUUGUCUCGGCCAACUUUCGGCUGGGUCCGCUCGGUUUCCUCAGCACCGAGACGCUCGAUUGCCCGGGCAACAAUGGACUCAAGGAUCAGCUCCAAGUGCUGCACUGGGUGCGCGACAAUAUUGCCGUCUUUGGCGGUGAUCCGAACAGCGUGACGGUGUUUGGUGAGAGUGCUGGUGGUGCCAGCGUCACCUACCAUAUGCUCUCCGAGAAAUCGCGCGGUCUAAUGCAUCGUGCCAUUGCACAGUCGGGCACCUACUUCAAUCCAUGGGCGCAGCCUGCCCACAAGGGCGUGGCCGCUCAACGUGCACUCAAAUUGAGCGAGCUGCUGAACUGCACCGUUGCUGGUGAGGAUUGGGCAGCGCGCUUGAACUGUUUGCGCGCCAAGCGAGCCGAAGACGUUGUAGCCACGCUCUACGAUAUGUUUGUUUGGGACUUCGAUCCGAUGAUACCUUUCCCGCCUGUCAUUGAGCCGGAGCAUGAAGGCGCCUUUCUGACGCAACGACCACGUGAGGUGGCACAGCGACCGCAUGGCCAGGCGCUGCCCCUAAUGAUAGGCGUGACAGCCGAGGAGGGGCUGCUGAAGACGGCGGCCCUGCUCAAUUUGCCGCAUCUUAUGACCGAGUUCAAGUCGUCAUUCGAACGUCUGCUGCCGGUGGUGCUCAAUUAUGAUCAUCACGAGGACGAGAAGCAGCAGGAGAUAACGCGUCACAUCGAGAACUUCUACUUCAAGGCGGGCCACAACUACAACAAGUCCAACCAUCAAAAUCUGACCGAUCUAAUAUCUGAUGGCUGGUUUGUGGCUGGUGUCGAUGAGUAUCUACAGCUGCGCUUGGAUGACCAGCUGGCGCCCACCUAUGUCUAUCUCUUUGAUCAUAAGGGUGCGGCUAGCUUCUCCGAGAUCUUUAAGGGCGCGCACAAUGAGUUCUAUGGCGCCUGUCAUGCCGAGGAGCUGCAAUAUCUGUUUCCCAUUGGCCAGGAGCUGUUCGUCAGCGCUGUGCCGACGCGCCAGGAUCUUGAGCUGCGUGACCUAAUGCUGCGUCUCUGGGUGAACUUUGCGCGCAACGGUGAUCCUAAUCAUAUCAAUGGCACCAGCAACCUACCCACCUGGCUGCCCACGCGCACGUAUCCAGUGCAAUAUGCCCGACUGGGCUCCAAGUUAGAUUUGGACGAGACCGAGACUCCGCCUUCGCUGCUGCGCAUGGAGGUGUCAUUGUUGCAGCAUCGCGCCGACUUCUGGCGCGAGCUGAAAGCUCAUCUGCCUGCCGAUUCGCCUUCACAGCACCGCAACGAGCUGUAAAUUUAUUAUCAUAUUAAUAUAGCACAUUAUACGAAUUUACGUUUUGCUUUAGAAAAUAAAAUAAAUAAGAAAUAAACAUCGAGUGUUGCCAGAUCCAAGCAUAAGAACGGUAAGAAACGGUAACACAGCGUUACCACCGAUAACACACGCAUAUUCUCGCAUUGAUGUAAAAACGAAGUGAGAAUGAAAAUAAUUGGAUUACGACAAAUGCGUACAUGUAAACAAUUGGAACGAAAAUAUAAGCGGUGUAACAAUAAAAAGCAGAGUCAACAAUGUAAAUUGUUAAAAAACAGUCAUACGCAUCGUGCGCCUUGCCAUUUGCAUACAUAUGCUUUGUGUAAGCGAUAAAUGGCAUUGCAGAUGAAACCGUCUGGCAACCCUGAAAACGCAAAAACGUAGUUUCAUUUUUUUUUCAAGCUGGCCGACAUUGACAUACGCAUACGGACAAAAUAAAUACACAUA